AACGUGUAGAUGUGGCACUGAGCGACAUGAUUUAAGGGGGCAUGGUGGGGAUGGGUCUUUUCCAACCUUAAUGAGACUAUGAUUCUAAGUUUAAAGUCAAGAUAAAUUCCAUCAUCCAACGCACUAAUUAAAAUAAUCAAUCUUAGCAGACAGAUCAGAUCUUUUAAUUUGUUAUACCUUCCUAUUGUCUGGAAAAUAUCCACAGUUACAUUUUGGGAAUUGCUGUUCAAUCACGCACUCCUCUCGUGUUAAUUCCAAUUGGAACCUUAUUUGCUUUUAUGAGGAUGGUGUUCAGUGCAAUGACAAAAGCCCUACUAAAGUCCAAACGUUUCAUCUGUUUCUUUCAGCACUUCCUAAGUCAAUUAUCUCUGCAAAGAAAUAAAUUAGGUUACUAUGACAUGAUUUGUUCUGGACAAAUGCGCAUUGCCUGUUUCUCAUCACUUUAUUGUUAUUUGGUUGCUUGUCUGCUGAUUACUGAACAGGUUGUUUCAUUAUCUUUCCAGAUAACAUGGAACCUGGCUGAUUUAUAUCUCUUCCCUCAGCCCUGUUGCUAAAGUAGCCUGUUUGCUCUUUUCAUGUCCACCUGGAUCUCACUCUUGAAUGACAGCAUGUGUUUUGGAAGAAAUAAUGUGUACACGUAGAGACAGGAUGCUGAUCCAGACAGAUCAUGGGGCAGGAUUGGUGGGAGAGUUCUUAUAUGUGCCACAGCACACUGGUGUCAGAGAACAGGGUGUCUUGAAGUUGACAGCUGGGCUCAAUGUAAUGAGUCCACAUUGCCUUGCAAACCAUGGCAACGAGGCAGUCUUUGGAGGCCAGGAACACCAUCAUGGGUAUCACACAGCUGUAGCUGGAGGACAGGCAGUGCCCAGAACCAGAGCCAUGGUGUAAUUACAGCACCCACGGGAAGGCAGAGGCCAGCCCUCUCUGAGGCCUCCCUGCAGCGCUGCCUCCAGGGUCACUACAGCAAAGCAGGGCAGCCCCAGGCUGCACUAUCUCUGCUUUGGCACCAAGCUUGGGGUGUCAGGCCUCUAGGAGAGGGCAUGCUCUCAGGGCCCUUUCGUCUGGAGGUGCUGCUGGGCCACAUAUCUACUCACAUAAUCCUUUCUCCCAACUUAGCAAAGACCAAAGGGUUGUGAGUGUCUUAGGGAGAAGGAGGUACUCCAGUGAAGCAGAGGCUCACAAGAGAGUCAUUGCUGGUUGGUGUGUUUUUGUUUCUUUGUUUUGCCAUAGCAAAAGUCUCAAUGCUUUGGGAGAAAAACAAAAAACAAAACAAAACUGUAAGGAAGCGGCAUUUCUCCUCGUAACCAGUCCUGCCAAACAGCCAGGACAGGGGAAAGAUCUCAAUUCCAAAGGAAUUUCCCCAAACCAUGCCAUUUUAGAAAGAGAAAGAUUUUAAAUAUAUAACCAACCAAACUGGUUGGAAACUUGAGGGUCUUAAAUCACUGGUUUCUGUGUAUGUAGUCGCCGUUUCAUAAGCUCCACUAUGAGCAAAUAGAUGCUGUAGGUAUUCAGCUGGCUUCUGCUGAGAUAAUGGAUCAUUUUCAGACACUGUUGUAAAUGCAGUGUGAAGAAAAACAAGGACAGGCUUCUAAGACAUCUGAUAGAAUAUCAUAGAAUAUCACAAGUUGGAUGGGAUUGGAUGGGAUGUACAAAGAUCUUUGAGUCCAAAGCACACUAGGAGCACAGAGAUCUGCUCCCCAUUCUUAUAUAGUAGCUGAAUGAGGAGUGUCUCUGUGAGCUUACAUGAGGUAUUUAGCAGUUACACUUACAUGUAAUCAAUAAUAGCAGAGAGAUUUAUGAGCUUUCAGAGUACAUGUUAUGUUGAUCUAAUUGUGCUGUGAUCACUUUCCUCUCUUUUCAAUAUUCCUUGUUCUUCCAGACAUUUUUAAGCCACACUACUUCAGAAUUCCAGAUGUGUCUUUAAUUUAUGUUUUUGUGUUACAGAUUUUCAAAAUUAACAAAGAGUAACCAAUCCAGUACAUUGCCUUAUACAUAUGCCUAGGAUUAGAGGUUUCUUUUACUAUAGACUUAAGCUUCAGGUUGCAUAUGGAAAUUGAAUUUCAGGUGCAGCCUCCUGCAUAAAAAACACCCCAGGCACAUUUGCAGCACUUCAGCAAAGGCAAUUGCUGCUAGUAUUUUGCUAUCACUCUUUUGCUCCCUUUGUAAUUUCCCUCUUUUUCUUCUUGUGUUGGAUGCCAAGCAAUUCCUUUCCUCAGCACGUUCAACGUUGCUAUCUGCAUCUUCACAAAAGGAUUGGUGAAGCUGGAAUUAGACGGAUGAGGACUCGGCACCAUCAGAUCUUGGUGAAAGCGAAUUUCUUUUUAAUUAAGGAAGUAUUUUUGACUGAAAAGCUGAUAAACCCUACAUCUUCACUUUCCACACCCAACAGACACAAUAUUAAGCUCACAUUGGAACAUAAAAUGUUAACUCCAACCCUUCAAAAUAAUUUAUGUCACUACCGAUGUGACCCAGGGAAGCAGAUCACAGAAUCAUAAAAUGUCUUAGGUUGGAAGGGACCUUAAAGAUCCUCUUGUUCCAACCCCCUUCCGUGGCAUAUUUGUGGGGCAAGUCUAUAGGAAAUGCUCUGCACUCGGUCAUAAGGUAAAUAAAUGGGUGUUAACAGCUGGUUACUUUGUGGGAGUUGGACAUUCCUUGGGUAGGGAGGUGCACGCUUCCUUGGUGGCACCGCUAGUGAGAUUUGUUUGUUAAAACACAACCAGCUGCCACUCCUUAACGUCACGUUUCCUUCGUUUAAGAGCUUGUGUGAUGUUCUGCUCUUAAUUACCUCUUUAUUAUCUUAAUUAAGAUUUGAAAUACAUCUGGAAACUUCCAAGUCUCUCUGACAGAGGCACCGCAAGUUGUCCUGGGGUGGCGUUUGUACUGAAGAAAGAUGAUAACGGCAUAAAUGAGCAGGAUUGGGGCGAGAGAGGAAAGAGGUGGUCCAGCCGCUCCCUCAGGGGCAUCCCCUCGUGCCCGUCGGGGGCUUUCCUCAUAGAAAACCCAGCGCAGAGGGAGACGGCGCCAUGAGGCGCGGGUGAGCCAGGAGACGAAGAAGCAGAAUCGGAGGUAACGAAGAUGAGUUUUCGACGGAGGUCGCCGAGAUUCACGGCGCAGCCCUAAGAGGAGCCGGCGGUGGCGCGAGGCGGGGCCAGCCGCCGCCACGUUCCACCCCUCGGGGCGCGGCGAACGGCUCCGUCCCUGUGGCAACGGAGAGAAGCGCGCGCGCGGCCCGCUCGAGCCGCCGGCGGGGCGGCCAUGUCGCUGCUGAGCGGACCCCGAGCGCGGCUCCGCGGCGCUGCCAGGAAGGGUCCGAGGAAAGCGACGGCGGCCAAGCGGGAUUGGGACAGUACUGUCCAUGAUUUGACGGUUCACCGUGCGACUCCCGAGGAUAUCCUGCGUCGCCAUGAAAUACACAAAUCCAAAAACAAAGCACUGGCACAUCUGGAACUGCAAGAGAAGGCACUGAGAAGAAAAUGGAAGAAGCAGAAACAGCUAGCCCCUGAUUCUUUGGAGAAAAGGAAAUUGGCCCUGAUGCAUGAGAUUCUCUCUGAACAAUAUGAUUUGCAAGAUGUAUUGAAGCGGUCUGAUCAAGUUAUGGCUGUGGUAAAAGACUUGUUUGGGAAUGCCCCUCGCAUGCGAACAGGUUUCCCUAAUGUAACAAUGGCUCCUAACUGUGACUUAGAAUCAUCUCAGGAACCCAUUGUACGAAAAUGGGAACCUCCCACUCAGCUUUCCAUCCUUAGUGAAUCUGUCAUGGAUUCCCAGGUAAUUAAUUUAUAUGUAUGUUCCAUGUUUCUUGUUUAUACAAAAAGUGAAAUGCAACUGCAUGAGAAAGAGAUGAUGAGGCAACAUCAUGAAGAGACGUUGAAUGAGCACAGAGAACUAAUUGAUGCUCUGACUGCUGAAAUACUUCUAGUAAGGGAAGAAAAUGUUGCUAUACAGAAAAAGCUUCAGCAGUACAUGAUUGAAACAGAUGAAAAGAUGACCUCUCUCACACAAGCAUUUAAGGGCCUCCCUUUGGUAGAACCUAGAAGAGAAGAAAGUCCAAGCCAUUUUGGAAUUGCACACAGAAGUCCAUCAUGCACCCAAGAAAAACCUGAUCUGAGCUAUUUUGAAUCCAGGACUGAUGAAGGCAAAAGGAAGACUAUACUGAGAUUCCCUCAGGAAGAACACCCUGCCAAGACUCCUCAGAGGCCGUGUGCCCCAGGUGAUGAGGCAGCAGGUAGAAGCUUGCCAGCUCAGGUCUUCCAGCCAGCUGUACUGUUGUCACCACCCCGACAGAAGAACAGUCCGGAAUUGUCUCCCCACCAGAACAUAUUUACAACAAUUUCUCAGCCUGCUGAAAACACUGAGAGAGAACCAUGCAAGGAGAGGAGCUCACCUUCCCCCUUGAAAACAUGGAGCGUGACUGAGGAAAACUGUCUCAUGUCUCAAAGGCAACCAAUUCCUCCUGCAGACAAAGACUUGCAGAAUUCCCAAGAGAAAAUCAGUUUGUCCUGUCCUGGUGCCACUACCAAAAACGACACAGUUGGAGAAUUCUCUCAAAGCAGUGAUCUGCUGGGACAGAUAGCUGAGCUCACACAACAGAACUCGCUAAUUAAAGCUCAGCUGAGCAAAUUCAGAAGCUUCUCUGAAGACGUAAGUGACUGUCUGCCUCAGCCAGACCCAAUGCAAAAUUCAAAUUCUUGUCCAGACUCUUCACAAGGGCAGACUCAUCUUGUGGUACCGAAGAGCUUGGAGGAAAGAAUAGCAGAGCUGAAUCGUCAGAGCACAGAAGCACGUGAUAAACUGCUGCAGCUAAUAGAUCAGCAGAAAUUAGCUGCUGCUGAUACAGUCUCUCCAGUUCUGCCCUCAUCCCGAAAUUAUACUGAAAAUGCAAGGAGGACAAUUGAAGUGUCUGUUCCUGUGGCAGCUUCUGUGGACAGCUCCAAAGAAGAUAGUGUUUCCCCUGGCAGUGUGACCAGUAUGAGAAGGUCUGUAGGAGGUUCUAGCAAACCUUCUUCACCCCUAAGUACCACAUCAGAAAGGGUGACAUUAAAUCCUGUCAGUCAGAGGCCAAAGGCAGAAAAGCAAAAAGAAGAAGGCUGGUUUGCAUUGUCGAUGCAUAUUAUGUAAAGGAAGCUGUGCUCAACUACUAUUAAUUUAUUUAUUUUAAAAACUUUCUUACAAAUCACAUUUAUAUCACUGUAGUCUCCCACUCCAAAUGUAGACUUUAACUCUGAAGUGCUUUCCUGUGAAUUUAAAAAGGUCAAUAAUGCUUACUGUAUUUGUGCCAUACAGAAUACCGUAGGAAGUCCUGGGGAUGAGUUUCCAGAACAGACACACUGCUGUAACUCCUUUUUACUGAAUAAGUCUUCCAUAAAUGUGUGUAACUGGGGCUGGUGUAGCACUGACCUGUUACUGUAUUUGUGGGUUGUAUUACAUGUACAGGUUGUAUUACCUACGCUAAAGAAAAAUGAUGCAAGAAAAUGUUUGAGAAACUUGAAAUUUCUGGAGCAUAUAUUUUUACAAGAUAAGGGAUUGAAAAAAAUGGGAAACUGAGAUGAGGGACUGCACAUAUAUGUUCAAAAGCAGCAUAUGGAUCAGGAAGCCAGUCUGUUCCUGCUGGAUGAGAAUUUGCUUUGGUAAUUACUUGCUCCUUCUGUGCUCUAUAGUUGCCCCCCAAAAUGGUGUAUUCUGUGCAGUUAGCAUAUCAAGGAUUGCUUCUGAACUUGAGGAUUGCUUUUUUAAAAAAAUUAAGUAUUUUUUUAUAACAAGCAUAACUUGACUAGAGGAAGUUGAAUUAAGAGUUUCUAUUUAUAACAUACUGAAGUUUCAUCUCUGAUACAACAGAAAACUGAUGUGAGUACAAUUGUAUUAAGGUAUUCUGGUGUGUGUGUGCAUACAUAUAUGUUGUUUGUAUGUUGUUUUCAUUUGACUUUUUAAAAUGGCCAUCAUUUUAGUAUUAAUGUUAACCAAUAAAAUCUAGGAUUAUCACAA